CCGUCAAUAGGUGGACCCCCUCCCGGAGAGAUAAAACCGCCGGCGCCGGCGCCGCCAGUCCCUCUGGCUGAGACCUCGCUCUGGAGUCACUGCCCGGCAGCCCCCUCAUCCUGAGCCACAGCACCCCAGGUCGUUCCAGCCCCUCCCCCCAGCCCAGGCAGCAUGGGCAAGGAGAAGACCCACAUCAACAUCGUGGUCAUUGGCCACGUGGACUCGGGCAAGUCCACCACGACGGGCCACCUCAUCUACAAGUGCGGAGGCAUCGACAAGAGGACCAUCGAGAAGUUUGAGAAGGAGGCGGCGGAGAUGGGGAAGGGCUCCUUCAAGUACGCCUGGGUGCUGGACAAACUGAAGGCAGAGCGGGAGCGUGGCAUCACCAUCGACAUCUCCCUCUGGAAGUUCGAGACCACCAAGUACUACAUCACCAUCAUUGAUGCCCCCGGCCACCGGGACUUCAUCAAGAACAUGAUCACCGGCACGUCCCAGGCGGACUGCGCGGUGCUGAUUGUGGCUGCAGGAGUGGGCGAGUUCGAGGCGGGCAUCUCCAAGAACGGGCAGACCCGCGAGCACGCGCUGCUGGCCUACACGCUGGGCGUGAAGCAGCUCAUCGUGGGGGUCAACAAGAUGGACUCCACGGAGCCUGCCUACAGCGAGAAGCGCUAUGACGAGAUCGUCAAGGAGGUCAGCGCCUACAUCAAGAAGAUUGGAUACAACCCCGCCACGGUGCCCUUCGUGCCCAUCUCUGGCUGGCAUGGCGACAACAUGCUGGAGCCCUCCCCCAACAUGCCGUGGUUCAAGGGCUGGAAAGUGGAGCGUAAGGAGGGGAACGCCAGCGGCGUGUCCCUGCUGGAAGCCCUGGACACCAUCCUGCCCCCCACGCGCCCCACAGAUAAGCCUCUGCGCCUGCCAUUACAGGAUGUGUACAAGAUCGGCGGCAUUGGCACCGUGCCCGUGGGCCGAGUGGAGACGGGCAUUCUUCGGCCGGGCAUGGUGGUGACCUUUGCGCCUGUGAACAUCACCACGGAGGUGAAGUCAGUGGAGAUGCACCAUGAGGCCCUGAGUGAGGCCCUGCCUGGUGACAACGUCGGCUUCAAUGUGAAGAACGUGUCGGUCAAGGACAUCCGCCGAGGCAACGUGUGUGGGGACAGCAAGUCUGACCCACCCCAGGAGGCUGCGCAGUUUACCUCCCAGGUCAUCAUUCUGAACCACCCAGGGCAGAUCAGUGCCGGCUACUCACCGGUCAUCGACUGCCACACAGCACACAUUGCCUGCAAGUUUGCGGAGCUGAAGGAGAAGAUCGACCGGCGCUCAGGCAAGAAGCUGGAGGACAACCCCAAAGCUCUCAAGUCUGGCGACGCGGCCAUCGUGGAGAUGGUCCCUGGGAAGCCCAUGUGCGUGGAGAGCUUCUCCCAGUACCCGCCUCUUGGCCGCUUCGCGGUGCGCGACAUGCGGCAGACGGUGGCCGUGGGCGUUAUCAAGAACGUGGAGAAGAAGAGCGGCGGCGCCGGCAAGGUCACCAAGUCCGCGCAGAAGGCUCAGAAGGCGGGCAAGUGAAGCACGGGCGCCCGCGGCGCGACCCUCCCCGGCGGCGCCGCGUCCCGGCCCCGCCCCCGCCCCCGCCCCCGGCCCGGCGCCCCGCCCCCCCGCCAGGCGCAUGUCUGCACCUCCGCUUGUAAGAGGCUCUCGGUCAGCGACUGGAUGCUCGCCAUCAAGGUCCAGUGGAAGUUCUUUAAGAGGAAAAGCGCCCCCGCCGCCCCUGCUUCCGCGCCCAGACUUCGCCGCGCUCAGUGCCCGUUUUACCAAUAAACUGAGCGACCCCAGA